AACCUAAAAAAAAAUCAAUUGGGAAUAGACAAACCCUUGUCGGCUUGUCGUGUCCGUCCAGCAAAACUUAUCAGACUCUCCCAAUCAGUUUGGAAGUAGAAGACGACUGUUCACCGGAAAGAUGUAUGAUGUGAUGUUGGAUGAAGCGAACUUGUGGUUUCACGAAUACGAACCUCCUCUCCGUAGGCGGAAGAUCGAAGAAGCUCCACCUUCACCUGUGGAAGACCUUUAUUUCUCCGACGAAGAAGACAUGAGUCCCGAGGAACGCGAAAAGUAUCGUCUUCAAGUUGUUGAGUCCUGUGGAUUCGAUGUUGAUUUCUUCAAGCAUACGUUUAAUGGGAUAAUGCCAAGUGGAUGUUGUCCCUAUGACACACUCUUCGCAAAGGCAGGACUCCAUUGUUACAAUCUUGAAAAGGGGAAGAACUUACAGUUCAAGACUGUAGUAAAAGUUAACGCCGAAAUCGGUUCCCUUUACAAUUCCUAUUCAACAUCUGAGGUGAUGGAUCCGGUUAACAACUCUCUUCACACUUUCCAAACUUUAGUCACGGAUGCAGGGAAGAUGAACAAAGCGCGCUUGAUACUUGUCACAAAAAUAUGCAGACUUAAGCCUCAAGUACCAGGCAUUGGAGAUGCAAAUGGCCGUUGGGACUUUGAUGCUAUAGAUGAUUUCUAUAAAGGUGAUAUGCCAGAUUGGCCACCGAAUGGUGCAUGUACUAAAGGUGAUAAGCUACUACAGUUCUAUGAGGUGAAGGAAUCAGAGUUGCGAGACAAUGAAUGGAUUUCUCUAUAUGCUGAAGCUGCAUUGUUCUCCGAGUGGCACUCUGACAUGAGUGCUUAUACACCAUUUGAGAUGAAGAAAGUAGUGGUACAAACAAAAGAAGAUGUAGACUCGAGUAUGAAGCUCAAGUCGAGCAAUGCAAUCUUCUACAUGACUUUCAAGGUUCGUGAAGGUCCCGAUUGCAGAGGGAUAGUAAGAAAAACAAGUGAUGGAAGAACAGGACAUAUGCGCCUUGAAGCUAGAUGUUGGAUCGACAAGUAAAGCUGAUAAUGACCAGUAAUCUGAUUUUGUGUGGUCUUUUUUUUAUGUAUUGAUCUUGCUAUGUUUAAAUGGUAUCUAUCUAUGGCAGAAGUAGCAAAGUUCGCACUACUUGUUUCCCUCUGGAUUUUUUUUUAUAAUUAAAAUGCUCUAUUUAA